AUGGCUAAUGUUCCCAAACCCGGACCGGCGAACCUGACGCCAGGUGCUGGGCUAGACGAAUGGCUGGAGGAGGCAAAACAAUGUCAUUAUCUUCCCGAGUCUGUCAUGAAGCAGCUGUGCGAGAUGGUGAAGGAAGUCCUCAUGGAGGAAUCCAACAUACAACCAGUCGUGACGCCCGUCACAAUCUGUGGAGACAUACACGGCCAGUUCUACGAUCUCCUGGAGCUCUUCCGAGUCGCCGGCGGAAUGCCUGGCGAGACCAAUGUACAAGCCCCACAGACGGCUACGACGGUGAUAACCUCAGAAGAUAUCGAGCCGCCAACAGAGAUUACCAACCCGAAACUGAGGAAGAAGAUAAAGCAGUCCAAGGCAUCUGGAGAAGAAGGUGGCGAGGCAGGUGGGGACGUCGUUGAUGAGGAGGCCAACACAUCUUCCGAGAGCGUUGCCAGGCCCGACAGUUCGGGUUCCGGUAGCGGUGCUGCCGCUACCGGUCCCUCACAGUCAGCCGAUACUCGAUUUGUGUUUUUGGGCGAUUUCGUCGACCGCGGAUAUUUCAGUCUCGAGACCUUCACGUUACUGAUGUGUCUCAAGGCAAAGUAUCCUGACCGAAUCGUGCUCGUCCGAGGAAACCACGAGUCCCGACAGAUUACCCAGGUCUACGGGUUCUACGAGGAAUGCCAAACAAAGUAUGGCAAUGCAUCUGUUUGGAAGGCAUGCUGCCAAGUGUUCGACUUCCUUGUCCUUGCCGCCAUUGUGGAUGGGACCGUUCUGUGUGUGCACGGUGGCCUCAGCCCUGAGAUCCGGACUAUUGAUCAGAUCAGGGUCGUCGCCCGAGCCCAGGAGAUUCCUCACGAGGGUGCAUUCUGCGACUUGGUGUGGAGCGACCCCGAAGACAUCGAUACAUGGGCUGUGAGUCCCCGUGGCGCUGGCUGGUUGUUCGGCGAUAAGGUUGCCACUGAGUUCAACCAUGUCAACGGCCUGAAGACCAUUGCACGAGCCCACCAGCUGGUGAAUGAAGGCUAUAAGUACCACUUCCCUGAGAAGUCCGUUGUGACAGUCUGGUCUGCGCCCAACUACUGCUACAGAUGUGGCAAUGUGGCUUCCAUUAUGACAGUCGACACAAACCUGGAUACCAAGUUCAGUAUCUUCUCCGCUGUGCCCGAUGACCAACGGCACGUGCCUGCUGGCCGUAGGGGCCCGAGCGACUACUUCCUGUGA